AUAACCUAAAAAAAUAUUUAUUAAAAUUUUUGCAUUAUACAUGCAGGAAUAAUAUAUAAACAAAAACAAAUAAUUUAGUGUUUAGAUAAUAAAUAGAUAUUUUAUUGAUAAAUAAGAACGUUAACUUUAUUUCUAUUACAAUGAUAACCAGGUUUCGUUUCAAGCGUGAUUUUAAAUUUAUAACUAGAUGUUUAUCCGACAAACCUAUUGAUGGCGAGGAUAAGACGCCGGAAAUAAAAGCAAACCCGGAGAAAAAAACAGAUUCCAAUACUGAAAAAAUUCAGGAACUGUUAAAGUUGAUGAUGGCUGAGCCUAAGAUAUCUGAAAGUGAAUACAGAGAAAAGUUUGCUACCGCACCUGAUGUAUUGAAGAAUCGUAAACAGAAAACAGAUGUAAUAGAAGCAAAAACAGAAAAAAUAGAGGAAAGCAUUACAAAGGCGGCAUCAGAGGUAGCUGAAGCAAUUGGUGGUGAUGUGAAGCAGACUGAAGCAGAAUUACUAUCCAAAGUUCUUGGCAAAAUUAACCAAUCGUCAACUACACUAAGUGACUUAUUAAUUGGUAUGAAAGUGGACCGCUCGAAAGAUGGUGAUGACAUCCAGAGAUCAGAAACAAGAGGACAACAAGUUAAACGGCUGAUUGAUAAAAAAAAGAGUGCCAUGCAACCUAAUACUAGGUUUGCACAGCGUAAAGACAAGCCACUAUCCACACAAUUUACUAAAAAGAGUUUACCACAAGUAAAUAAGAUAGAUAUAUUUAGUGCCGAACCACUUGGUAUUUUCAAAGCAAAAGAUACUAAUUUUGGCACUAAGCUGGAUGUGUGGGAUAGUCUCAAACAACGUGAACUCACAUUGGCGACGACACAACCACCCGCCAACUAUUUUCAAAAGAUGGCACUAUGGACAGAACAAGGAAAAGUCUGGAAGUUCCCCAUAAACAAUGAACAAGGACUGGAAGAAGAACAAAAUGUCCACUUCUCUGAACACGUCUUCCUCGACGUCCAUCUCGAAGGUUGGUGUCCAAAGAAGGGUCCCAUCAGACAUUUCAUGGAACUGGUAUGCGUGGGUCUCUCGAAAAAUGCAUUCUACACGGUAAAAGAAAAAAAAGAUCACAUAAUGUGGUACAAAGAAUACUUCGAAUCUAAAAAGGACAUUUUAACAGAAGUUGGAGUGUGGGAGUUACAAUCAAAGAAUACCAAAAAUGAAACAAAAUCAGUUUAGUAGUUAUUUGUAAAGUUUAAAUAAAUAUAUCAAUAUACAAA